AUGGUGGGCACAUUUGGACACAUCGUGAGACAUAAUGGAGUCACUGGAUUAUACAAUGGUCUCUCCGCCGCACUCCUACGCCAGAUAACUUAUUCCACUACUCGCUUCGGUAUCUAUGAAGAACUCAAAAACCGCGUCAUGAAGAACUCCCAAGAUCCUACCGCACCUCCAGGUCUCCUCACUCUUCUCGGAAUAUCCUGCAUUUCAGGUUUCAUUGGUGGAUUCGCUGGUAACCCCGCCGAUGUGCUUAACGUUCGCAUGCAAUCGGACGCCGCUUUGCCAAUCGAGCAACGCCGCAACUACCGUCACGCCUUCCAUGGUCUUGUACAGAUGACCCGCACAGAGGGCUUCGGUGCCUUGUUCCGUGGUGUCUGGCCAAACUCAACUCGCGCGGUGCUUAUGACUGCCUCCCAGCUGGCAUCUUAUGAUACCUUCAAGAAAAUGUGCAUCGAAAAGGCCGGCAUGAAGGAUAACCUUGGCACUCACUUCACAGCCUCAUUUAUGGCUGGAUUUGUGGCUACCACUGUCUGUAGUCCUGUGGAUGUUAUUAAGACUCGCAUCAUGACUGCCUCUCCUGCUGAGAGUCGUGGCCACAGCAUCGCUGGCUUGCUUCGUGACAUUUGUCGCAAAGAAGGCCUGGGCUGGACUUUCCGUGGUUGGGUCCCCAGCUUCAUUCGUCUCGGCCCUCAUACUAUUGCGACCUUUAUCUUCCUUGAAGAGCACAAGAAGCUCUACAGGAGGUUGCAGGGUAUCUAA